AUGGGGCGAGUUGGGUGGACAACUGGACACACUCCGUUUGCUGGACACAGGCUUGGGGGCUGGAGUGUCAGAUGUAACAUCACCACUAACAGCAUGCUCCACUCUCCAGCGUUUGUCUUUGGUUUGACUCGGUGGUUUCGACACAGCCUGUUCCUGACUCCACCUCCUCGUCUGGGUCCCGGUAAACCCCCCAGCCUUCUGCUGCAGUCUACCAGAUGUGCUGGUUUUGUCCCUGGUCCUCGUCCACCUGGGGCUGUUUGGGGUUUCCUGUUCUUGGCUUCUCCAAGAGCGUGCUCUGUAUUGUCCGCAGCCAUCGAAGCCUUCUGUUACGUUAGCAUUCCCACGGUGGCAGUGCUACCCGCUUCCUUUGUUUUUCUGUUUUUUCUGGCCUUCUGCUACGAACGCGUCUUCUCGUCCCUGCUCCAGAAAACUCAACAUUCUGCUCCUGACUACGGAAUCUGUCUGUUUCCUGGAUCUCAUCUGACUUAUUGUUUGGUUUACUCAGCCUCUGCUCUACCAGGGCCUAGCCUGUCAUGUGGGAGACCAGGCCCUUUGUCAGUAGGACUGGCCAAUUACUACAAGACUGAAAACGACGAUGAAAACCCCUUCAUCUGCUCUCAGCCACGAGACAACGGUAUGAGGGACUGUGGUUCGGUACCCAAGCUCUACGAGGAAGGAGGCCUGCAAUGUAACCUGGACAUGUACUCCUACAACAGCACUGACAACACCACCUGCGUCAACUGGAACCAGUACUACACCAACUGUUCUGCUGGUCCCUUCAACCCCUUCAAAGGAGCAAUCAACUUUGACAACAUCUGUUACGCCUGGAUCGCCAUAUUUCAGGUGAUCACUCUGGAGGGAUGGGUGGACAUCAUGUACUUUGUGAUGGAUGCUCACUCCUUCUACAACUUCAUCUACUUCAUCCUGCUCAUCAUUAUCGGUUCUUUCUUCAUGAUCAACCUUUGCCUGGUGGUCAUCGCCACUCAGUUCUCCGAGACCAAACAGAGGGAGAGUCAGCUGAUGAAGGAGCAGCGGGUGCGCUUCAUGUCCAACGCCAGCACCCUGGCCUCUCUUUCUGAACCCGGCUCCUGCUACGACGAGCUGCUCAAAUACCUGGUCCACAUCAUCCGGAAAGGGGCCAAGCAGGUGGCCCACGUAUGCAGGUUUCUGGCUCGGCGUGCCGGGCUCAACAUCGCCGCCUCCCCCCCUGCGCAGGACCCCCAACGCAACCAAAGCCAGAGGAGGAGGAGGAAGUCUUCCAGACAGGGCUCUGUGUCCGUGCAUCAUAUGGUCCACCACCACCACCACCACUACCACCUGGGGAACGGCAGCGUAAGGGGCGGGGGGAGCGUGAGGGGGCUGGACGCGGAGGCUGCCCCCAGCAACAACAGUGGGGGGGCGCUUAUAGCGACCACCUGCACCAGGCAUCUGGCCUUAGCUCCGCCUCCAUCAGUAAUCGCAGCAACAUCUGAUACAAACUUGGCGACUUUAUCCACUGUGGAGCAGCAGCUGCCGGGUCUUCUUCCGUGGGCAGCGUUUACCAGAUGGAUUAUCAUUCGUGACAGUUUCUGCUGUACGCCCACCGCCCCGGGGCCCUUCUCCCUGGCCCCGGCCCCCACGGGCAGGGCCAUGAAGAGGAACUCUGUGCCCUUUGCAGCUCCAGGUCCGAAGAAUUACCCGACCCUGCAGGCCAGAGUGUUAGCAGAGUCCAGACGAGGAAGUGUUGCUGCCAGCACUCUGACUAACAUCAGCUUCAACCUCAACAUCCCACCCAUGCAACUAGAGCGAUGUCAGCAGAGCCUGGUGGACACGCACACGGCCACAGCCCAGCUCUCGGUCCGUGACCUCAGCCGCUCCAGCGGCGCCGUGGACGCGGCCGCCCUGACGCCGGACCCGGACGGCUGCCCCUACUGCGCCAAGGCCCUGGCCAACGAGUCCGAGGGCGCCACGGAGAGCAACGACACCCCCGGAGACUCGGACAGCGAGGGGGUCUACGAGUUCACCCAGGACCUCCACCACAGGGACAGAAGGGACAGUCGGCAGCCCAGGAGGAGGCACCGCAGGCUGGGCAAGACGGCGGCCAAAGUGGUUCACUUCUGGAGGCUGGUGUGUGACACCUUUAGGAAGAUCGUGGACAGCAAGUACUUUGGCAGAGGCAUCAUGAUCGCCAUUUUGAUCAACACUCUGAGCAUGGGCAUCGAGUACCACGAGCAGCCUGAUGAACUGACCAACGCCCUGGAGAUCAGUAACAUAGUGUUCACCAGCCUCUUCUCCCUGGAGAUGCUCCUGAAGGUCCUGGUCUACGGGCCUUUUGGGUACAUCAAGAACCCCUACAACAUCUUCGACGGCAUCAUCGUGGUCAUCAGUGUGUGGGAGAUCGUGGGUCAACAGGGUGGGGGUCUGUCAGUGCUGAGGACCUUCCGACUGAUGCGGGUGCUGAAGCUGGUCCGCUUCAUGCCGGCCCUGCAGAGGCAGCUGGUGGUCCUAAUGAAGACCAUGGACAACGUGGCCACCUUCUGUAUGCUGCUCAUGCUCUUCAUUUUCAUCUUCAGUAUCCUUGGAAUGCAUCUGUUCGGUUGUAAGUUUGGUUCUGAGAGGGAUGGAGACACUCUGCCAGACAGGAAGAACUUUGACUCUCUCCUCUGGGCCAUCGUCACAGUUUUCCAGAUCCUAACUCAGGAGGACUGGAAUAAGGUUUUGUACAACGGCAUGGCGUCCACCACGCCUGUGGCCGCGCUCUACUUCAUCGCUCUCAUGACCUUUGGAAACUACGUCCUCUUCAACCUGUUGGUGGCCAUCCUGGUGGAAGGCUUCCAGACUGAGGAAGUGUCCAAGCGGGAGGACUUGCAUGCCCAGCUGAGCCUAAUUCAGCUUCCUGUAGACUCAGGGGGUGAUGCUUCUAAAUCAGGUUCGGAGAUUGAUUCCUUUGCCAGAAGUAUGGAGGAUGUAAACGGCAGCAAGAAGGACUUAUCAGCCUCUGCAGUAGUUCCUGUAAAUGGUCACGUGGACCUGAAGACCAGCCUGACCCCUCCUCUCAUUACCCACACGGCGGCCACCCCCAUGCCCAUACCAAAGCUACCUGUCGGAGGAGACCCCCUCCUGGGCUACGAGUCGCGCCGUGGUAGCAACGUGUCCAUUGAUCCAGGCUGUCAUGACAAGUCCCCGAUCAGUGCCAGGAGUUCGUCUCCUUACGCCCCCUGGAGUUCCGGCAGCGGUCGAACCAGCCGCCGGUCCAGCUGGAACAGCCUGGGUCGAGCCCCGUCGCUCAAACGUCAGAAACGCCAGUCUGGAGAGCGGCAGUCGCUCCUGUCUGGAGAGGGAGGGACCAGCUCUGACGAGGGCGAAGGCAGCGGGGAAGUGGGCGGCGGUUUGAUGGAGGACGACGACGCCUCAUUGGCCAGGACAGAUUCCAUGUCCCAGUCCCAGACCAGGCACCGGAGGAUGGAGUCGAUGGAGACACGGAGCUCCAUGGAUUUACCGCCCGAUGCUCUGCUGCAGGUGCCCUUCCUGUACCGGUCAGCCAGUAUGCAUAGCUCCAGACCCCCCUCACUGGGCCAGCUACACCCCCCAGAACACAGAGACUGUAAUGGAAAGGGUUCUCCCACAGCCCUGGGCCCCACACAUGUUUCUCUGGAGGAAAACACUGAAGACGAAAACGCAGAAGAGGAAGUCAAUAUGUCGGUCCCCGUAGUGACUGUCACACAUACACGAAUGGGCAGUGGUUCAGGUGGAGUCAGGCAGCAGAACCAACCCAUGAAGACAGAAGGAGCUAAACUGGUCGUUUUUGCCCGACUGUUCCGCUGGUUGGAGAAGAAACAGCCUGAGUGGUGUCGACAGAGGGACACCUGGUCACUCUACCUGUUCCCACCAGAGUCCAGGUUCAGUCUUACACUCGACUACAGCUGUGGAGGAAAAUUCCAGGGAGAUGUUGAGAGGGGGAUGGGAGCUGUGGCCAGCUACACAGUGAUCCAGCCUGAGCUGGUGUCCCAUGCCCAACUGAGAGAAAUGCCUGGAUGUUUGAAUGGCGCAGCUCCUGGGACUAUGCAAGGCGGGGGCGUCCUCUUCCCUGAGUCAAGCCUCAUGCUGACCGCAAACCUUGUUUACUUUCCUACUCGGGGUUCAGACCCGGGUUGUCAAGUUGGGGAUGGGAGCCUGCCCAUGAGUACCCAGGUCUUUCAGCAGCCUGAUGGUGGAAGAAGCCACGAAACCUCUCCAAGCCACUUCAACCGGAUACAUUUUUGCCUUCCACCCUCGGUGUUGCACCUCCGCUGCCAGUUCUGUGUAGCGCAGUUUUUUGCACUCAUAGGCCUCUUCAGCUGA